GAACCAUCGCGGCCGCCGCCGGCCGGGCCCUCCACGGCCUUGCGUCCCGGGCCGCCUCGGCUCGCGCGGGCAGCUCCGUAUCCGUGGCCCCGCGGAGGCGGCGCGAGGACUCGGCGGCCCCCGCGGCCCGCGCUCGGCCCUCCGGCGGCGCCGGCGGCCCGGACCCCGUGUGUGGCGGGCCCGACCUUCCUACCCGUCGUCCCCGGGAGCUUGGCGCCCGGCCGGGGACCGCACCGCCCGGGGCCGGGGAGCGCGGCCGAGAAAUCCCCAGUUGGGCAUCCAGAGCGCCUACCCUGUUCUUUCUGCAUCUUGAAUCGAGCGUUAACAGGACACUCUAAGGUCUGAAGGGGAAAUAGAAGGCUUUUGGUGGUUAAUGUGUGUUCCAGCAUGAUAAGGACAGAUGAUCCCCUCCUUCCUGGUGCCCUUGCCAUCCCCGUCACCGGAGCAGUUGCAGGGUACUGUCCUACGACCCGGACCCGAAGAGAACAUCCUCUCCACGGCGGUCUUGGGCUCUGAGGGCUAACGCAGGACACAGAGCUCCGAGCGAAGAAGUCUGUGCUUUCAGUGGGAACGAUCUGCCUUUCUUUCCCAUCCGGAGCUGAUAUUGCAUGCUGCAGAGAGUAGCUUAAGGUAGAAAGGAUUCCCUGUGACUUCUGCCUACCGUCCAUAAAAUACUCAUUCUUCUUUCAAUGCGUGCUUCCGAAGGUUAGAUGGCGUGGAACAGAUGGGAGUGCCUGCGGGAGCCAUCCUGAGCGUCUGCCUCUGUUUACCCAUUGCCUCGCCUUUUUUUCCACGAAGAAAGCAAACUGUGAAAGCAAGACAGGGAGCUUUCUGAGGCGGGUGCCCGGGUAUUUAAAUAAACUGGUGUCUGCCAGUCUUGUGAGCCGAAAGUAAUGAUUUUUGUUUCGUGUUCUCAACGACACCAAAGCCCGCCUUAACAGACAGGGCCAUGCGGUACGGUCAGAUGUACCGCCCCUGUCCCCUCUGUGGACACGGUUGGAAACUCCAGAGGUAACUAAUCAGCGGAGACGUUACACAUGCUGGGAAGAAACGUCGCCUGUCCUGGGGGCAGCCUGCUGUCGCGCACUCCGUUUGUGAUGGAUUGCCUCUGACCCCAGGCUCUCCUGCCUGUUCUGGCCCUGAGCCCCUCUGUGAAGCGAGCCCCAGUUCAUCUUCCCAGGAAGGUGGACCCAGGAGGAGCUCCAUACCGUAGACUUGGCUUUCGGGAGAAAGUGCUUUCAAAUAUAUGGGUUGUCCAAAGUCAGAUAACUGAAACCUGCUUUUAAAAAACUUGUUUCCAUCUCUGCUGCCAAUCCCGUGGCUCGCCCCGUUAUCUUCAGCUUUUGAAGAGUGAAGGAAGCGCUCCUUUCAGACGUUACUUGAGCGGGUCGGUAGGAAGAAACCCCGAAGCGUUUUUGUGCCGGCCGCCCGCCGCCGGAAGGAAGGAGACGGCGCUCCCCGACUCCCCGACUCCCCGACUCCCCGACGCGGUCGCCGGCGCGGAUGCGGGAGCCUCGCAACGCCGCGGGGUUCAGGGCCCCGGGGACCCGGCCCUGGCCAAGCCCGCAUUUCCACACUCACCCAGGAUUUGCUGGGUUUGCUCUGCCUGCAGUCGAACACAAAGACCCGGAGGAGACUCCCACGUCGUUCGGGGAGAAGAAAGGAGGCGGCCGGGCGCAUCAGAGGCACUCGUGGCUCGUGGCCUUCCGGAGAGGGGGGCGAGCGGAUCGGAGGCGGGGGGCGCGGGGGGCGGUCGGCGAGCCGUGAGAUGAGGCGCCGCCGCCGCUGCUGCUGCUGCUGCUGCUGACGACUCCCAGACCCCAGGCUCCGUGCGCCGCCCUGCGUGCUUCAUGUACAUGUGUCUGCCCCGCGCACCCGGAGGCGCCCAGACGAGAAUCCAACACGGCUGCCGGGGAGAGGCCACCCACCAUGCCCACGGAGACGCUCCAGACAGGUAGCAUGGUGAAGCCGGUCAGCCCCGCGGGCACCUUCACCUCGGCCGUGCCCCUGCGCAUCCUCAACAAAGGCCCCGACUACUUCCGCAGGCAGGCCGAGCCCAACCCCAAGAGACUCAGCGCCGUGGAGAGGCUGGAGGCCGACAAGGCCAAGUACGUCAAGAGCCAGGAGGUCAUCAACGCCAAGCAGGAGCCCGUGAAGCCGGCCGUGCUGGCCAAGCCGCCCGUGUGCCCCGCGGCCAAGCGCGCCCUGGGCAGCCCGACGCUCCGCGUGUUCGGCGGCCACGCCAAGACCGAGAGCGGCGUGCAGAGGGAGACCCUGAAGCUCGAGAUCCUGAAGAACAUCAUCAACAGCUCAGAGGGCUCCAGCUCGGGCUCGGGGCACAAGCACAGCGCCCGGAACUGGCCGCCCCACCGGCCGGACUCCGCCGACCUGCAGCGGCACUCGUUCGCCGAGUCCCUGAAGGUGUACCCCACGCAGGGCCGCGGCAGCCCGCAGGAGGGUGGCUCCCACGGGGGCCGGCGGCUGCUGGAGCCGGCGGCCGAGUCCUUCCUCCACGUCUCGCACAGCUCCUCGGACAUCCGCAGGGUGACCAGCGCGAAGCCCUUGAAAGCGAUCCCCUGCAGCAGCUCCGCGCCCCCCCUGCCUCCCAAGCCCAAGGUCGCGGCCGCGGCCACCGCCAAGUCCCCCGAGGCCGACGCGGUGGAACCGGCCUGCGGCGUCAGCCGGAGGCCCUCGCUCCAGCGGUCCAAGUCGGACUUGAGCGACCGGUAUUUCCGGGUGGACGCGGACGUGGAGAGGUUCUUCAACUACUGCGGACUGGACCCCGAGGAGCUGGAGAACCUCGGCAUGGAAAACUUUGCCCGGGCCAACUCCGACAUCAUAUCCCUCAACUUCCGCAGCGCAAGCAUGAUCAGCUCAGACUGCGAACAGUCUCAGGACAGUAACAGUGACCUUAGGAAUGACGACAGUGCCAAUGACCGGGUGCCAUACGGCAUCUCUGCCAUCGAAAGAAACGCGAGGAUCAUCAAGUGGUUGUAUAGCAUCAAACAAGCCAGAGAGUCACAGAAGGUCUCCCACGUGUGAGACAGAAAGGCGUGCGAAGGAGGGAGGGGUGGGUCUCUGUCUGUGCAUCCACAGUCGUGAAGGGUGUGAGGUCUCCUUGAAGUGUUGUGAGCUUCUCCACUCUCUUUGUGUUGCUUGUUGUGCAAUGUUUCCAAGUUGCAUGCCUGUCAACAUGGGGACCGACCCGGCUUCCACGUCCACCAUGGCUGCAGAGCCCGGCUGAAUGCACGUCACCUGCCAAGAGUUUGCGGCCAGAAUCCAGAAUCCAACUAGGGCUUCGAUCUUUUGAGCAAAACUGUUUACACGAAAAACGGUAGACAACUUCUUCGAUAUUUAUGUGGUUCUUGUGUUUUUCUAUCCCGCGCUAUUGUGUCUUAAUUAAAAAUCUUAUCCACUGGCUUUUAAGUUGAGAGGAGAACCGUUUCGAAGUAAAAAGCCAAUUUGCCUACACGCGAGACCCAAACAGUGGGGAAGGAAAUGGGAUCUGCUACCAAGCGGAUAACAGUGACUGACCUGAGUGAGAGAACCAGGCUGGGUUUUCUGAGGAAGAACAGCGGUGAGCCUGAUGUUAAGCGUUCGCGUAUUGGAAUUCUCCUGCCACUCGUUAAAGUAAUGGGGCAACCGUGCUACGUUCUGUGUCCGACUCCGUGUGUAAAAUGUUGGUGCUUCUGUGUAAUACUGACCCCGAGGAAAGACAAUCAGAUACAACGAGGGCGAUUAAAUCUAGGAGUCCGGGGGUUGGGGGUUUUGUUGAUGUUCUGAUUUGGGUUGAUUCCAAAAUUCCUACUAUUAAUCUUUUGACGGGAAUGGCCAUCCUAAAGCUGAUACUAAAUGUCUUAAAAACCAAAACAAAACAAAAAGGUUUUUGAUCAAGAACUGAUUCUAUGCUGAUUCUCUUCCCUCUCUCCUCCCCUUCCUGCGUUGUUGAUUUAUUUGGGAGAGGGGGGUGGGGCUUGCGCAGGUUUGAGUUCUCUGAAGACAUAAACACAAAUGGAAAUACCAGCCAUAUCAGUAUAGAGCCUCCCAUGCAGAAGUGAAUACCUUCCGUAGCUGAACCAUAUCCGAGCAGUGCGAUUGUGUUGUCUUGCCUAUGUUAUUCUCUCAGGCUGUGGACCUUUGUUACAGCUCUAGGAAACUGUAGAGACAUGAUGCCAUGUAGCUUCCCGCCCCCCCCCCGCCCCCCCCCCGCCUUUGGUCUCUAGUGCUGCCUAUCAACUUGUUCCCCGUUUUCCCCAGUAACCUGUCCCGCAGGUGGUUAGUUAGCUGUGGACCAGCUGAUAGUCGCUGUGCGGUCGCAGAGAGGUAAACGUGUGGCAGUCUGCUUCAUUGCUCUGUACUCAUGCCCCGAAGUUCUCAGCAGCACUACCUUAGACUUCAUCGGCUAAUGGGAAACUUUUUAUGGUGUAAAUGCUGUAAGACUUUGUACAUACUUCAGUUGUUAUGAAAUCUUUAAGAAACAAACAAAAAAAAAGUUACGCUAAUAAAUAGCUCUGGUGCAGGCACUAA